GUUGGGGUAACUCGAAUCAUUUCUCGUGUAGGCGGUUUGACUGUAAGAACAAAGUAUGAGGUCGAUAGUACUGAUUUGUGUGUGCAUCAUUUUUGCUGUUGUGAUAUAUGAAUGCGAGAGUAGAAGUAGCAGGAGCUCAUCCAGGAGUCGAAGUAGGUCCUCUGGAAGCAGUUCAAGUAGUUCGGGCAGCUCAUCAUCACGAAGUAAACCAGAUGGAGGAAGCAGCUCAGGUUCUUCAUCAGCGGCGAAACCAGAUAGAAGGUCGUCAGGAAGCUCUAGUUCGUCAGGAAGCUCUAGUUCGUCAGGAAGUUCGUCAAGGGCGGGAAAGCCGGAUAGAAGUUCAUCAGGUAGUUCAGGGUCCUCGAGCUCAAGAGAUGCCGCUUCCAAGCCAGAUUCAAGAGGGUCGUCAACCUCAAGAGAUUCAGCUACAAGAGGUGAUUCGUCGUCAGGUUCAAGUGGUUCUUCAUCAAGUGCAAGGCGUGGCAAGCCAGCCCGAGAGAGUUCGUCAGGCUCAAGUGGUUCCUCGUCGGCUAGAAAACCUUCGAACAAGCCAUCAAGGGACAAGAAAACUGACGGCAAAGACAAGCCAAAGAAACCAAUGAGUGAGAGGCUGAAGGAGGGAGCCAAGAAGGCUGGCUCAGACUUGGGUACCAUGCUCCUUGAAAGUUUAAUUGAUAAUGCAAUUAGCGCUUUCUUCGACUAUUUGAUUGAACAGCCGACCAUAGUAGAAAAUCAGGAGACGGGGGUGUCGGAGGAGACUUGCUCUUGUGCUCAGAAGACAGCCUUCAUCCGUCCAUCGAUUGAGGAAGUCAUUUGCAAUUCUGAUGCUGAUCCCAAUGAUGGCACAGCGGUACAAAAGGUACUUGCCGAUAACUCUGAUUGGGUACAAGAGUUGGUCGAGUAUUACUGCGCGAAUCAAGACGUUACUCCCGAGGCGACAUGUCCAGCAGAGUACGGCAAUGGCGGCGACAGUGGCGGCGACAAUGGUAGUGACAAUGGUAGUGACAAUGGUGAUGACAAUGGUAGUGACAAUGGUAGUGACGGGGCCCAAGCGAUUACAGAAUGCGAUGACGACAGAAGGACAUAUUUCUACCAUCUUGCUUUUGAAGAAGUAUUGUGUCAAUCUGAUGUUGAUCCUUCAAAUGCAGCUGAUGUAGAAAACCUGCAUGUUAUUGACGCCGAUUAUCUGCAGGAGUUUGUUGAUUGGCUCUGCGAGGAUCCUGCUUCGGAAUACACUCCGGACUGCUAAUUCUAAAUCACUUAUCAAUUGAGAAUAAAUGAUACUGUAAUGAUAAUUGAUCUUCAUUUUAUUCUUCCACUUAAGUCUCACCUCACACCAAGGUAGUGACAUCUUCUGCAACGAAAUGCCGGUUACCUCUGAUCGAAGGCAAAGUUGCUCUGAUACGAAACAGCCUAAACUUCCUGACCAAAGUCCUGCUUCCUUAGAGAGCAAACCAUCUCUAACCAAAGUCCUGCUUCCUUAGAGAGCAAACCAUCUCUAAACAAAGUUCUGCCUCCCUAGAGAGCAAACCAUCUCUAACCAAAGUCCUGCUUCCUUAGAGAGCAAACCAUUUCUAACCAAAGUCCUGCUUCCUUAGAGAGCAAACCAUCUCUAAACAAAGUUCUGCCUCCCUAGAGAGCAAACCAUCUCUAACCAAAGUCCUGCUUCCUUAGAGAGCAAACCAUUUCUAACCAAAGUCCUGCUUCCUUAGAGAGCAAACCAUCUCUAACCAAAGUCCUGCCUCCCUAGAGAGCAAACCAUUUCUAACCAAAGUCCUGCUUCCUUAGAGAGCAAACCAUCUCUAACCAAAGUCCUGCCUCCCUAGAGAGCAAACCAUUUCUAACCAAAGUCCUGCUUCCUUAGAGAGCAAACCAUCUCUAACCAAA